AUGCACUACGCGUACAUGUACAACAACCAGGCCUAUGAGCCAAUCUACAACGUCGCUCAAGGAGGGUACGUCUACCCGGGAGAUCAAUACCUGUACCCGCCCUUCGUCAACUAUCCUUUUUCCCCCACGUACCCUGCCCAACACGUUCCCGGCGGAUUCCAUCCUCCCAUGGUCUACCCCUACAGCCACCCAUAUUCGCACCACCCACCCAACUACAACUACACCGUCGUCCCGCAACCUCACGUGCCAACCGCUGUCCGUACCGUCUCCGCCCCUAUCCCACAUGCCGCGCUCCCGCCUCCGCCCUACUAUGCCCAGCAACAGUACGACCGCGAGCGGCAGUAUGAGCUUGACCGUGAACGUGACCGCGAGAGACAGAGGGAGCGCGACAGGCAGACGCGUCACGACUGGGAUGUCGUACAGCACAGCAAGGAAUCCCACAAGGCCAAGGAGCGGCAGGCAUACGACAAAGGCUACUCGCACGGCAAGCACGCUGAACGCGACCGCCUGGGGGACCGGUUGGACCGCCACAUAGAGCGUCUCGAACGCGAGGAUCGCCCGCGUCGACGUGGCGUGCACUUUGAGCGGCAACACACGCAGCCCGCCCAGAUGUACGAGUACAAGAUCGCCCACCCCAGCGGUCACGGCCAAGUGGGCAUCCUGUCCAACCAGCUCCCGCAGUUCUAUCCCGCCAAGGCAUGA